GGAACUACAAUGCCCUUCCUUCCAGGUCCUGUUUACUUCUUUCUUGCUACUUGUGAUUCUGCUACUGAAAAUAGGGAAGAGAGGCCACAACAACAACUCCUCUGCUUCAAAGCUGCUACCAGGGCCAUGGAAGCUACCAAUUAUUGGAAACAUACACCAGCUCAUUGGCGCUCUACCCCAUCGAGGACUCAGAGACUUGGCCAAGAAACAUGGACCUCUUAUGCACCUGAGGCUCGGAGAGGUUUCCACAGUUGUUGUUUCAUCAGCAAAGUUUGCUGAAGAGGUGAUGAAAACCCAUGAUAUUAUAUUUGCAUCAAGGCCCGAGGUCAUUGCUUCAAGAAUCAUAUCAUAUAAUUCUACUGAUAUUGUAUUUGCUCCAUAUGGUGAUUACUGGAGAAGAUUGCGAAAAAUUUGCACACAGGAGCUCUUAAGUGCAAAGCGGGUUCAAUCUUACCGGCCUAUUAGGGAAAGAGAGGUACUGAGUCUCAUAGAAUGGAUUGGUUCAAGAGCAGGAUCACCUAUUAAUCUUACUCAGAAAGUUAUUUCUUCCAUAUAUGCCAUCACUUCACAAGCUGCCUUUGGUGAUCGAUGCAAUGAGGAUCAAGAAGUUUUCAAAUAUGUGAUGAAGGAAGCUAAUAAGGCAGCAUCAGGCUUCAAUGUGGCAGAUGUUUUUCCUUCUUUCAAAUUACUUCAUAUGAUAAGUGGAGUGCAGUCUAAACUGGAGAUGCUGCACAAACAAGCUGAUAGAAUACUGGAAACAUUCAUCAAAGAACAUACACAAGCUACAGCAACAGAAAAAAGUGAUGAGGCAGAAGUACAGGAAGAUCUGCUCGAUGUUCUCCUAAAAUUUCACGUCGACCAUAAUGGUGGCCAUGAGCUUUCUUUAACUACUGACAACAUCAAAGCAGUGACCUUGGAUAUUUUUACCGCUGGGAGUGAGACAUCAGCUACGACUGUAGAUUGGUCAAUGUCAGAAAUGAUCAAAAAUCCGAGAAUCAUGAAAAAGGCACAGGAUGAGGUGAGGGAAGUGUUCAACAGAACACAGCAAGUAAACGAAACAAGCAUUAGAGAGAUGAAAUAUUUAAAGUUGGUUAUUCAAGAGUCAAUGAGGUUACACCCUCCUGGUCCCCUGUUAGCUCCAAGAGAAUGUGGAGAGAAGUGUGAGAUUGAUGGAUAUGAAAUACCUGUGAAAACAAAGGUAAUCGUGAAUGCUUGGGCAAUCGGAAGAGAUCCCAAUCACUGGACUGAGUCGGAGACCUUUAAUCCGGAGAGAUUCCUUGAUAGCUCUAUUGACUACCAAGGAACAAACUUUAAUUUCAUCCCAUUUGGUGCUGGAAGGAGAUUAUGCCCUGGCAUAUUAUUUGGUCUGGCUAAUGUUGAGCUCCCACUAGCAAUGUUAUUAUAUCAUUUUGAUUGGAAACUCCCCAAUGGAAUGAAGGAUGAAGACCUGGACAUGACUGAGGAAUUCGGCGCUGUAGUCCGCAGAAAACAUGAUCUGCAUUUGAUUCCCACACCUUAUCAUCGUCCUCCUCCGACUGAUGCAAAUUCAAAUAUAGAAGUAUAAGUUGAUCGAGUGUACCUUUUCUUUCCUUGUGAUUGCAAUUGUAGUUUGUCUAUAUAUUAUGUGGUACUUAUGUGUCAGAAGUUUGAAGUCCAGAGCCUAGUUGCAAAAUAACAAUCAAACACAUUUGUCUCUAUAAGAGCUACAAUACUUGAAAACCAUAUAUAUACUUGCAUUAUCAUGUAAGAAGUAUUCUGGAGGUGGGAUUUAAGGUAUUUGUGAGGGCGUACUCUACUAGUCUGAAGAGUGCCCAUAUAUAU